GACCACUUCCGCUAUUAUCCCGGCAGUGACGUCAGAGAAAGUAAACAGAGGAGUUGUCAGUGGAUCCAGAAAUUGAAUUAAAAGAUAAUUUCGUCAAAGGGGGGCGGUUUAUGAACACUGAGGGACACUUGAAUGACAACCCUGUGCACAAAUAUAAUUAAGGUUGACCAGGGACAGUGACGCUGCACUGUGAUGUUCACAGACAUGGACUAUGAGCUGGAGGAGGACAAACUGGGGAUACCAACGGUACCUGGUACUGUGGUUCUGAAGAAAGACCCUAAUAACCUGAUUGGGAUCAGCAUUGGAGGAGGAGCUCAGUACUGUCCGUGUCUCUACAUCGUCCAGGUGUUUGAUAACACCCCCGCAGCUCUGGAUGGGACAGUGGCGGCAGGCGAUGAGCUCACAGGCGUGAACGGGAAGCCAGUGAAGGGAAAGACCAAAGUGCAGGUGGCCAAGAUGAUCCAAGCUGUGCAGGGGGAAGCAGUCAUCCACUACAACAAACUGCAGGCAGACCCCAAACAGGGAAAGUCUCUGGAUAUAGUGCUGAAGAAAGUGAAACACCGCCUGGUGGAGAAUCUGAGCUCCGGCACAGCUGAUGCUCUGGGACUCAGUCGAGCGAUUCUAUGUAACGACGGACUGGUCAAAAGACUGGAGGAGCUGGAGAAGACAGCAGAGCUCUACAAAGGUCUGAUGGAGCACACGAAGAGACUACUCCGAGCUUUCUUUGAGCUUUCUCAAACACACAGAGCGUUUGGCGAUGUGUUCUCGGUCAUCGGGGUUCGAGAGCCUCAGGCUGCAGCCAGCGAGGCUUUCGUGAAGUUUGCAGACGCUCAUCGCAGCAUCGAGAAAUACGGCAUCAAGCUGCUGAAGACCAUCAAACCUAUGCUCCACGAUCUGAACACAUAUCUUCACAAAGCCAUUCCCGACACGAAGCUCACCAUCAGGAAGUACCUGGACGUGAAGUUCGAGUAUCUGUCGUACUGCCUGAAGGUGAAGGAAAUGGAUGAUGAAGAAUACAGCAGCAUCGCCAUGGGGGAGCCGCUGUACCGGGUCAGCACCGGGAACUACGAGUACCGUCUGGUGCUGCGGUGCCGACAGGAAGCCCGCGCCCGCUUCGCCAAGAUGAGGAAGGACGUUCUGGAGAAGAUCGAGCUGCUGGACCAGAAACAUGUUCAGGACAUCGUGUUCCAGCUGCAGCGCUUCGUCUCAGGAAUGUCUCAUUAUUACGACGAGUGCUACGCCGUCCUGAAGGAGGCGGAUGUCUUCCCCAUCGAAGUGGACCUCUCCCGCACCACCAUCAACUACGGCAGCCAGUCGUCGUACACCGGAGAGUAUGAGGAGGAAGAGGAGGAAGAGGAGGAGGAGGGAAAAAGAGAAGAGGAAACAAGACAGGCAGAGAACGGCGCUGAGAAACUGAUCGAUGACGAAUGAGUGAAUGGAGAAGUCCAUUCCUAUAACAUAGCUCUUCACUGUAUAUCAACGCACUCACCAAGCAGCGACCUUUACGGUGGUCGACCAGUGCAAACGUGCUACAACGGCCCAAAACAUUUCCAUUAGGAGAAACACGCUGCAGCUCCAGAAAUUACGUAAAUAUAAAACCACAAAUGUGCCAAAACACACACAUCUUCACCAACUUGAGGAAACCGCCGCUUAAACGUAGCACUGCAAGAAGCGCGAAACAACAGAAAAGGGGGACACUAAAAAGUGAUGCACGCUUGGGAUUAUGGGAUUAUGACUGUUUCAUAAUGACAAAAGUGGUUUGUCCGUAUAUUUGAAAUGUCUAGGUUAGCUACGUUAGCAAACUAGUUUACAGCAGAUCUGUAAUAAUAUGUGACCACAUUGUUCAAAUAAACCGAUACAACUUUUAAGAUAAAGAUAGGACUUUAUUCAUCCCGAAGGAAAUUGUUGUGCCAGAGUUACAAAAAUACAAUAAACACAGCAGCACAAUAAUAAUAAAAAGAGCAAUUCAAUAUCUACAGGAAACAUUAAGGUACGUUUCCAGUGAUAGUUGGCACAUUUUAAAAUCCCCAAAUGCCAACAAGAGCUCCGGUCCCUGCUGUGUGCGCCACUUUUUAAUGUCCCUGUUCCCGUUGCGUUUUGAGCUUCUCGCUAUGUUUUUGUAUUUGCAGCGUUGCGUUUAUGCAGCGCUUUUAGGGAACGUAUGUUUCGUCAAGUUGAUCAAGAUGUUUCUUCAUGUGUUUUGGCACCUUUGUGUUUUUUUAUUUGCAUCGUUUGUUUCUUCGAAUGGAAAUGUUCCGGGGCGUUGUAAUGUUUUUGCACCUGUAGGUCAUCCGUAGUUCUUUGUAUUGAAUUACAGCAGUUGAAAUGGAUGAAGGUGAAUACUACUGCUGUAAUGCUAUUUGUUGGUGGUGUUUUCUUUCUGGGAUACUCUCAAAUCAACAGCGUUUGUGAUUCUUUUUCACUUUAAUUUAAUUUUGAAUCUGAAUGCUUUUAAGGAUUUAAUUUUCAGUAAGAUUUAUAUGCAUAUCUGGUGUGCCUUCUUAGCUCUUAAUGAAGUGUUUCAAUGUUCAUAUUGUUGUGGAUUGUAUAAGUUAUUCCUUUUAUAUUUGCUUUUUCAUUUUAUUUUUUGAAAAGGGAACUAUCUACUAACUACCUAAAAUGAUGUUUAUUGGUUAAUGUCAAGUGGCCCUUUCUCCUCAGCUUAACAGACAAAAUGACUGGAUAAAUAUUAUGAAAUCUGGAGGUGUUGAUGAAGAAGAUGACUGAAGCAGACUUCAUUUUAUUCCUACAUGAAGACUUUGUUACAUUCCUUUAUCCCCUCUUUUUUUCCGUUUCACCUGCUGCUCGAUUUAAAUUCAAAUACGUUCAUUUGUAUCCUGUAACACACUGGCAUUGCUCACUUCUUCAUAACAGCACGUUUCUGUUUAGGAGGAGAAGGGAGGAAUGUACACACAGAGCUUUACCACUGUGUGGAAACAAUAAAUACUGCAAACACUACAUGUCCUGUAAAUAAGUGUGUACAAAGGGAAAUGGUGUAAAAACAGUCCGUGUACGUAUCAAUUGUUUUUCCUCUCCUAAACCAGUAAAUGGAAAAGCAACAUCA